CGCAACGAACAUCCAGACAUGGGAUCCUCCAAAGCUUGCAUGUCGACUCACCUGAUCGCGGUCCUCUGCCUGGUCGCCGGUGCGCGCAGCGCCGCGGCGUUCAACUACGCGGACGCCCUCGACAAGGCGGUCCUCUUCUUCGAGGCGCAGCGCUCGGGGAAGCUGCCGCCGGGCCAACGCGUGGCGUGGCGCGCCGACUCCGCCCUGUCCGAUGGCAACGCCUCCAAUGUGGACCUUGUCGGCGGCUACUACGACGCCGGGGACAACGUCAAGUUCGGCCUGCCCAUGGCGUUCACGGUGACCAUGCUGUCGUGGAGCGUGGUGGAGUUCGGCGGCGCGAUGCCGGGCGGCCAGCUCGCCAACGCCGAGGCGGCGGUGCGGUGGGGCGCCGACUACCUGCUCAAGGCGGCGACGGCGACGCCGGGCGAGCUGUACGUGCAGGUGGCGGACCCGUACCAGGACCACCGGUGCUGGGAGCGGCCGGAGGACAUGGACACGCCGCGCGCCGCGUACAAGGUGACGCCCCAGAGCCCCGGGUCGGACGUGGCCGGCGAGACCGCGGCGGCACUGGCCGCGGCCUCCGUGGUGUUCCGGGCCCGCGACCCGGCCUACUCGUCCAAGCUGCUCCGCGCCGCUCGGCAGGUGUUUGAUUUCGCGGACCGGUACCGGGGCUCCUACAGCAACUCGCUCAGCUCCGUUGUGUGUCCCUUCUACUGCUCCUACUCCGGCUACCAGGACGAGCUCCUUUGGGCGGCGACGUGGCUGCACCUGGCGUCGUCGCCGUCGCCGAGCUCGCAAGGCAUGUACAUGUCGUACAUCAACUCCAACGGGCACAAUCUGGGCGCGGAGCAAGACAGCUACACCGUCAGCUGGGACGACAAGCGCGCCGCCACCAAAGUCCUCCUCUCCAAGGUGUUGCUGCAGAACCGGGUGGAGGGCUUGCGCACGUACAAGGCGCACGCCGACAAAUACAUCUGCUCCCUCGUCCCCGGCGCCGGCGGCUUCCAGUCGCAGUACACGCCAGGAGGCCUCCUGUUCAAGGAAGGAGAUAGCAACAUGGAGUACGUGACCUCCACGGCCUUCCUGCUCCUCACCUACGCCAAGUACCUCGGCUCCACCGGCGGCGCCGCCUCCUGCGGCUCCACCGCCGUCACGCCCUCCACCCUCGUCUCGCUCGCCAAGAAGCAGGUGGACUACAUCCUGGGCGCGAACCCGGCGGGGAUGUCGUACAUGGUGGGGUUCGGGGCGCGGUACCCGAGGCGCGUGCACCACCGGGGCGCCUCCAUGCCAUCGGUGCGCGACCACCCGGCCCGCAUCGGCUGCGACGAGGGGUUCCACUACCUGCACUCGUCCGACCCGGACCGCAACGUGCUCGUCGGCGCCGUCGUCGGCGGCCCCGACCAGAGCGACAGCUACUCCGACAGCCGCGACAACUAUGCGCAGGCCGAGCCGUCCACCUACACCAACGCGCCGCUCGUCGGCGCCCUCGCCUUCUUCGCGGGGCCACGCACGGCAUAGCCCAAGUAGCGUAAACGAAAUGUGUAUGCGAUGGUUGAACUUGAACGGUGUAUCCGUGUAUGUACGAGUUUUUCUUUUAAGCUUGCUAAAACUCAGUCGACUAAGAUUUUAGUCUAAGUCUCAGUCAAUUGCAUAGCCAUUAAAUUUGAGCACCAUCCAACGGACCACUCGUCAAUUUGUCACACCGUUUGCAACAUAUCUUCUGUUGGUUGGCGCAUU